ACAACACACCAGCGCACACACACCGAGAGGGGCAAAAGGGCCGCCUCCUCCCCCUUCAGCUUUCCCUUCUCUUUCCCUGGCGGGCCUUAAAUUUGGGAUAACAUAGAAGCGCAGCGCAAUCUCUGGGUUGCAAUCCAACAGACUUCGCCCGUCUGUCGUUUUGCGCUGCCCUCUUGUUUCAUAUGUCGCUGCGCUCACCGUCAGUGUCAUGGCCUACUGGCAUGACCGCCCUGCGACCGGCGCGCCUCGCUCCAUGCUGGCCAUAGUUGGCGUGCUGCUGACCGUCCUCCUCCGCGUUACCUCUGCCCUACAGUCUGUCGCCGGAUCGCCCUGCGAUUCUGUCUGUGCCGGUGCAGGCUCCCUCGAACAAGACGUCCUCUGCCUCGAUGCGGAUUACCAGUCCCUGCCCUCGGGUCGAGCGUUCCAGAAAUGCGUGGCUUGUCAGUUGAACAGCACGGCGGUAGAUACGGCAAGCAAUGAGACGGAUGUAGAAUGGGCAUUGCGUAUGACAAAAUUCUUGUCUUCCCUGUCACUAAAAGUGCUAGAAGUGCUGAGACGUGCCUUUUGCAAAAUCUCCCAGUGGCCCUUCGUUACACACUUGCGGGGUGCAUGUUUGCCAUCCCCGAAGACCAUAUUUCGAUCAGCAGUCCAUGUCAAGUCAGCUGUGCCCCUCUGAACGCCUCUAUCGGAUACCGCAUCACGAACGACAGCUCGACGGCUCAACCGGGGAAUGCGUUCUGUACGGCCGACCCGUUCGACGACUACACGAUCAAUAGGUGCGCAACGUGUUAUAGCUUCAUCCCGCAGCAGCUGUACCAGGCAAACUUCCUCCAAGCUCUGCACAUAGCAUGCCGCCAACCGCCAGAACCGGGUAAACCGUUCUUCCCAGACGCUCAGUCCAUCUUCAACGAGACACUAGUCGCCGGGCCGGCGCCGCCAUCAAGCAACACCGGCGGCAAAGGCGGACUUCACGGAUGGAAACUGGCGCUCGCCAUCGUGCUCCCGGUCGUCGGCGGCAUCAUUCUCAUCUCGGGAACGUGCUGGGGCUGUUUCAUUUUCACCCGCAAACGUCGCCAGCGGAUGGCCCAGACGGGCCGCAUGAGCCGCGUGCACGGCGCCCACGCUGACAGCAUGUACUCUCCCAUGUCCGCCAAAGCUGAGGCCUGGAAAGCCGAGAAUCUGCCCUGGGGCGUGGCGGAGCCGCCGCGAGAAAUGCACGCCAUCAGCCCAACGCUGCUGCAUGUGAAGCACCCGAGCCCCGGCGUCGCGCAGGGCCGGUGGAGUCAUCAGACUGGGGGAACCGGAGGCUCGGAGCAGAACACACCGCUACGAAGCAGUUUUCAGCGCGACUCUGUCGGGCCCGGUCCGGAACAGGUUCGAGAUCCGAAUCUUCACGAUCAAUACUUUGGCGUUGGCGAGGAUAUGGACGACCUACCCGGACCCAGUGGUGGACAUGAAUAUUAUCCUGAACAUCAGCAUGACCUCCAGCUCCGCAUGCCUGAUGAUGAGCGGGGCAACUUUAUUUGAUGGCAAUGCAAAGGCAAAUGCAUCGCGCCUCUUGACAAAGCAGGGGAAGAGAAAUGGGAAAUCUACGAUGAUAUGACCCCAAAUGUGACGCCCCCAGUUGUUGAACGAAACCGUCCAAAGACCGGUCGGACAAGAUAGAGUUAUGGGAAAGACUGUCACGGGCUCUUCUUUUUUCUUUCAGUUUGGCCAAGUCUGCAGGCUUGCUGCAGUCGGCCAUCAUCGUUCACCCUUCGGGGGACGAGGUCUCCGUUUGACUGCAAUGGAAUGUAUCAUAUAUGGUCUAUUCGAGACCCGGAAGAAACUUGCUCGUGAUCCCUACCGAGGAAGAAGUUUCGAGCUGUAGAUAACCCUGUCUGUCGGUUUCUUAAAGGCCUCAUACAAGCAGGUACUCCGUUUUCGUGGGAUGACCCCUUUGCGGGAAGAGAAUGAGCUGUCAGACAUGGGCCUUUGGCGUUGCCAACCGGAUCGACGUUUGCACAGCCUCGUGGCUGGUGCGGAUUUCGUUGCCGGAGAUCAGGGACGGGACCGAACUUGUCUGGUAUUUCGUUCCCAGACUGAAAACUUGCUGCUGUCCAAUCUCUUGUUGUUUCUCU